UAUUAUAUUUUUUGUUCUGAAAAAGUUCCGCAAGGCAGUGUUGCGUUGCGUCUUGGUGUUCUCUUCGCGGCCACACGAUAACCAAUUCUCUCCGUCUUUCUUCUCUCCGUCUUUCUUCCAGUCUCUCGCCGCGCUUCCGAUAGGCCUGCAUUCUCCGCCUUUGCCGGCGGUUUGGGAAAUGGCAGGUGGAUCCUUCUCGAUCGCUUACUAUCCCAUUUCUUCCUCACUUCCAACCAAUACCUUCACCGAGCCCACUUCACCCACAGUCGCAUCUUUUCUAGAGAAGCCCAAAUUGUUCCCGAAACAUUCAGUUCGAUCUCAAAGGCAUUCGCAGUAUCCAGUCCGAAUUCACUCUUGUUUCCAGCGGGCGAGGGCUUCGUUAAAGGACUCAACAACCAUUGAUGAAAAUGGUCGAGGUGCGGAACAGUUCUUGCAGAGAAACUCUAUUUCUGAUUUCAUGAGGUUUAAGAGAGGAUAUGGAGGCAGUAGCGGGAACGGUAGGGGUACGGAGGAGUUGCAGACGGCUGUGGUUAGCUACAGAAUGAGUUUCCCGUGGUUCCUUCUGAAUCCUUUUCUUCAGGUGGAUUUGGUUUCAACAAUUCACAUCGCGGACAAAGAGUACUUUGAUACUCUGCAGAAGGAACUUGAGUUCUAUGAUUGUGUCCUGUAUGAGAUGGUGACAAGCAGAGAGAAUUUAGAACAUAGGAGGAGCUCUGGUUCAACUAAAAGCCUCAAAUCGUCACGCUUUAGAAGUUUCAGUAUUCUGGGAUUUAUCCAAAGGCAGAUGGCUCGAAUUCUUGCUUUGGAUUUCCAGCUGGACUGCCUCAAUUACCAGGCUGACAACUGGUUACACGCUGAUCUUGACUUUGAGACCUUUAAAAUGCUUCAGCUUGAGAAAGGUGAAAGCCUGUUCACAUUUGCUAGGGAUAUGACCUUAAAAUCUACAAAAGCUCUUAUGCAAUCAGCUUCAGUUCCAGAUGAUCUUGAUCCUUGGAGAUCGAAGCUUCUGCAAGUUUCACGUGUGCUACCUAUGCCUCUUGUGGGACUUUUUAUUAUAGGCAGUGUCUGCUCGGCAACAGAAAAUCAGGUCUCAGAAUACUCUGAGAUAGAAGCACUCUCUAGACUUGAUAUUGGAGCAGCGCUGAAAAUCUUCUUGGCAAAGAGACUAACUUCAGAGUUCACACAGUCAACAGCAGCGGUAGAAGAGAAAUCAGUAAUAAUAGGCGAAAGGAAUAGAGUUGCAGCAGAGGCACUUCAGAAAGCAAUAGACAGCGGGCAUAAGCGGAUAGCCGUCCUUUAUGGAGGUGGACAUAUGCCUGAUUUUGGAAGACGGCUUCGCGAAGAGUUCAACAUGAUGCCCUCUCAGGUUCGGUGGAUAACUGCCUGGUCUAUAACAAAGAGGAAGCUUGACAUCCAAUCUCUACCAUUCCUGAGGACAUUGGCUGAACUCUCUGGCUGGCCUCUCAACAGGUACCAGACACUGGCCUUGUUUAUUUUUUCAUCUAUACUUGCCGUGGAUCUCUGGUUUUGGGAGCUUUUUUUUGGUACUGUUGUGAAUUGGGCAUCAUGGGCUGCUGCAGAGGUAAACAUACUGACAAAUAACAUAUGGGGUAUGUGAUUUAUAAUGCUAGAAAACUAUUUAUUUAUCAAGAUGUAUUAUAUAUUGA